UCCUAGAUUCGUUUGUCAAACAGCGGUACAUAACCAAAUUGCAAAUCAUUCUCUUACAAAUCAUUUUUAAACUUGCAUAAAACAACACUUUUAUAGUUUACCCCAAAAAUGAGUUCAAUUGGAACAGGAUACGAUCUUUCGGCUUCGCAAUUUUCGCCGGACGGUCGCGUUUUCCAAGUGGAAUACGCAGUUAAAGCUGUGGAAAAUAGCGGAACUGCGAUUGGUCUCCGUGGAAAGGAUGGGGUUGUUUUCGCGGUGGAAAAAUUGGUGACUUCAAAACUUUACGAAGCGGGUGCCAACAAACGCGUUUUUAAUGUUGAUUCGCAUGUUGGAAUGGCCGUUUCUGGGCUUAUUGCUGAUGCUAGGCAGAUUGUUGAGAUCGCACGGAAGGAGGCUUCUAAUUAUCGAGCUCAAUACAAUGUUAAUGUCCCUUUAAAAUAUUUAAACGAACGUGUGAGUAUGUAUAUGCAUGCAUAUACAUUAUACAGCGCUGUAAGACCUUAUGGAUGUAGUGUGAUUAUGGGAUCAUGGGAUAGAUUAGAUGGCCCCCAAAUGUAUAUGAUUGACCCAUCAGGAGUUUCAUAUGGUUAUUAUGGAUGUGCUAUUGGAAAAGCUAAACAAUCAGCAAAAACUGAAGUUGAGAAACUAAAGUUAGGGAAUAUGACAACUCGAGAAUUAGUAAAAGAAGCUGCUAGGAUUAUUUAUUUAGUGCAUGAUGAGUUGAAGGAUAAAAAUUUUGAACUGGAAUUAUCAUGGGUUUCAGAAGAAACUCAAGGCAGACACGAACGAGUUCCCGAUAAUGUGUUUGCAGAAGCUGAGAAGUCUGCAAAACAAGCUAUUGAGGCGGAUUCUGAUUCAGAUACAGAGGAUAUGUAAACGAAAAUUAUGUUUUUUUUUGUAUUUGUAAGUUUUAUGGUAUAAAUAUAAGUUUCGUAAGUAAAUCUU